CCAGGGGCUCGCCUUGUGCGUCAAAGCAGCUUCCAUAAAGUGCUGUAAAGGUUUGUCGCGCGGCUUCACGCGGUAACCUUGGCGGACUGAUACGAUCUACAGUUGUCUGAUCCGGCCAAGUAAAUAUUCAAACUCUCACAGGAGAAGGACACGUUCCUCACGUGGGAAGAUGGAAUCCUUCUUGAGCCGGGAGGUUGAGCUGUGCAAGAAACACAGGGACAUGUAAACUUGAUAAAAGAGCAGCUCUGCUACGUCAGAUGGAAAGCCACAAGGAAAAUCAGAAUGAGGAAAAUCAGCCGAAAAUGACGUCUGAAGCGUCCCAUGCGAGGAAUGUGGCCCUCCUCAAGGAUUUGCAGAUGAUCGAAGAGCGACUCCAUCAGAGCAUAAUCGCCCCGCCACCCCCUGAUUUUAUCAGCUUGAAGGCCCAGUACAUGAAAUCGGUGGAAGAGAGCCUUCCACAGCAGGAACAGUCUCUUUUGGAUAAAGCAGAGUCACCAAGCGAGAGCAAAGGAGGAGGUGAAAAGCCAAAGUCGAGACGUUCUUCUCCACGUAAAUCGAAACCCUCAUCACACGGACAACCUCCUUCUCCACACAAAUGUGAUACCUUAUAGUUAAUGACCACCUGUAGGCAUAAAGUGAAAGGGGACGGCUGUGAACUGGUCCCGAGUCCUCGGGUGUUUCUGCUCAUUCAAAAUCGGAUGACCUCAUCCAGGCAACCCAGCCAGACCACUGGGCCUCCCUCUUUGUCCAAAGCCAACUGGUGGCUGUUUCUACGCCAUCACCGAUUAUCCUCAUGACCUUCUCCUUUGUAAGCUCAACCACACCCAACUGGGUCAGAACUUUACAAAGGACCACCGGGGCGGCCCACCUCUGUUCGCUGAAGGCAAGCACUACCUCCUCCAGGGUAUGGCGAGUUCUGUCGUGAUCGCUUUUUUAGUCGAGGCCGAGAAGAUGACCAUCUCUGGCCAGAGGGUUGCUAUGGCAGUGUGUCACCCAAAUGUACACUUGGCUGAGGUGAGGAGGCCUGCCGCUGAACUCGGCCGUUAGAUGAGCCGUUCUCUGGCCCUGACCAAGGAGAUGAUCUUCUUCGGGUAGAAUUACCAACGUUCUAAAGAAUGGUGGAUGCCAACUGAUUUGGUCCGUUUCAACUUGAUAGAAAAGUGUGAUCAAUGAGGGCACUGAAAUUUUGUGACUGUGUCUUUUAAGAUAAUUCAUAUGUUCCUGCAAGGUGCAGCAAUAUCGAUCAUUGAUUGCAAGGUUUGGUGAAAUGAUACUCAGGUAGUCAGCUGCAGAUCCAAAAAAUGGCUUUAUGAACUCAUUUAACUUUCAUCGAAAUUAAUCACAAAUAUACUAUGCAAGUAGUUUGAUUUUCAAAAUGCUUGGCUUCAGCAAUGAAGGGGAUUUUAUUAUACACACAGCAGUAACGGUGCACUGCUGUAACGAUAACGUGCUGCGAAUACACUUGACUUGAGUAUUCCGAAUUUUCAUCCUCUUC